AUGGCUUCAUGGGGGGUAGAUAAGGAGAAGCUCCCUGAGAGGGGAGGUCUCUGGGAGCUUCUGUUUGUCCACGUGCUUGACAAGGAGGAGUUGACGGCACAGAGCAGCUGGAGCACUGUGAUGCGGCAUCGUCUAGUGAGCUGGAAGCUGCAGUGGAAGAAGCUAGAGCCCACUGUUCUUUCCCAGCAGGCCAUUACCCUAAAGUUUGCAGGAGAGAUCGAGUCCUUCCAUAUGGGUGGAGGAUCAGUUUUCUACUGCAUUGUGGAUCUGAUUACAAGUAAACCCCAAACAGAGAAUUUACCAAUGGCUUGGAAAUCUCAUAAAACUAAGAAAACAUGGCCAGAAGUUCUUGACCAGAGUCGCCAUGGUUUCCUGAUUCAACAGUGCUUGAACGGAACCCGGCGCUUGACCCCUUCGACCCUAGCCAGCCACUCCGGGACAGAACGCUUUGCAACCUCUUUGCUCAGCCGCUCCAGCGUGGCCACCGUGCCCGCUGUCGCCAUGAUGAGCACUGCCCUGACCACCGCAUCUCCCUCGCAAGUGCGCCAGAACUACCACCAGGACUCGGAGGCUGCCAUCAACCGCCAUAUCAACCUGGAACUGUAUGCCUCCUAUGUCUAUCUGUCUAUGUCUUGCUACUUCGACCGGGAUGAUGUGGCUCUGAAGAACUUUGCCAAAUACUUUCUCCACCAGUCUCUUGAGGAGAGGGAACACGCUGAGAAACUGAUGAAGCUGCAGAACCCACGAGGCCGCGGAAUCUUCCUGCAGGACAUCAAGAAACCAGACCGUGAUGAUUGGGAGAUCGGGCUGAACGCAAUGGAGUGUACACUGCACUUGGAAAAGAGUGUGAAUCAGUCACUACUGGAACUGCACAAACUGGCUACUGACAAAAAUGACCCCCCCUUGUGUAACUUCAUUGAGACACAUUACCUGAAUGAGCAGGUGAAGUCCAUCAAAGAACUGGGUGACCAUGUGACCAACUUGUGCAAGAUGGGAGCCCCUGAAUCUGUCAUGGCAGAAUAUCUCUUUGACAAGCACACCCUGGGACACAGUGAGAGCUAAGCUGACUUCCC